GUGCCACCUAUAAUAACAAUUGUCCAAUGGAAAGAGUGCCAAGCAUAACCGCGUAAUGAGUGUUGUUUAUUUCCGUGAUUCUCCCAAAAAAUAACGCAAUUUGACUGAUUAAAAAUCCAGAUGGAAAAGAGCACGAUGAAUCGUGCCUACCUAUUAGCCGUAUUGCUCACUGCAACAAUCACAAUAAAUGGCCAGGAGGUAACUCAACAACCACCCUGGGUUAAUCAACAAUCGAACAGUGGGAACAAUCAGCAAUCGAAGCCCUGGAAUAACCAACAAUCAGGUACGUGGACCGAUCCACAGCAGAUUCCCCAGCCGAAUCAACCCCAGAGCUCAUUCAACUAUCAGCCCCAGAGCGCUUGGAGCAAUCCCCAGCUAAACUGGGGUACAAGCUCCCGAAGUGGAGGACAGACCUAUUACUACGGUGAGAUCGAGCACAAAUGCCCCAAGCACUGGAUAAGAUUUCAAGACUCCUGUUACCGCUUCAUAAAGAGCCCCAUGCGUAACCGAGAUGAUGCUAGACGCAAUUGCCAGGCAUAUCAGAGUGACUUGGUUGGCAUAAACUCAGUCGAAGAGCAUGGCUUCAUUCUCCAUCAACUCCAAUGGCAAGACCCUCAGCACAGAUCAUGGUACACUGGUGCGAGACAGGCAGGAGGCUAUUGGUCAAACGAAGCGGAUGGAUCUCAACUCGUCAACAUGGAAAACGCUUUCCUUCCGGAGCCCAAUGACGGCCUGAGCCUGCAGCGUGAUGCACUUUCCUACAACUUCAGUGACAGCUUGAAGCGUUGGGGAUUGGAGAAGGUAUCGUCUUACCAACCCCUGCUGUAUAUCUGCGAGGCACAAAUCGGGAUGCUGCAUGAUCUAGCCGAGGAUGAUCGUGAUUACACAUAUGGAAUUGAAAUAGAUAAUCCCAGGGAGAUUCCACGAGGGCCUUACUUUAUCAAACAGCCUGUCAGCAAGGUCUUUGACGUUUCUAAAAGAAAGCUCACCAAUGAGGUUACAUUGAGCUGUCUUGCUUGGGGAUAUCCCACACCGACCUAUGAAUGGUUCAAAGAGGAUUAUGACAACGCGAGACUCUUUGCAACGCCAAUUGAUCCCUUGCAGAAACCCAGGUAUACUCUCAGUGGAGGUAAUCUGAUUAUCUACAAUCCUGAUCAAACCGAGGAUCGAGGCGCAUAUCACUGCAAAGCCAGCAAUAAAUACGGUGUGAUUAUGUCUGAAACUGUUGUACUAUCGUUUGGCUACAUUCUGGAUUUCAAUCUUAAGAGGUCUGAGGAAUCGGGGGAUCAGAAUUGGGGAAAAGCGGUGUAUUGUGAUCCACCUCAGCAUUAUCCAGGGGUCAAGUACUAUUGGGCACGUGACUACUUUCCCAAUUUUGUCGAGGAAGACAAGAGAGUAUUUGUGUCGAAUGAUGGUGCACUUUACUUCUCGGCGUUGGAGCCCAUCGACAGGGGAAAUUACUCCUGCAAUGUUCAGAGUACAGCAUCCGACACUGGGAGAAAUGGACCGUUUUUUCCACUCCGGGUUAAUCCUCAUUCGUCGUUUCAGCAGUUGAAAUUUGCGAAUAGUUUCCCCAAAGUUUUCCCGGAGGCACCCAUUGCUGGUGAGGAAGUGAGAAUGGAAUGCAUUGCUUUUGGGUAUCCAGUACCAUCGUACAAUUGGACGAGAAGGGGUGCUCCGCUGCCUAGAAGUGCUGUUUUUUUGAGUUUCAACAGGGUACUUGUCAUUCCUCGAGUUAGGGUUGAGGAUCAGGGGGAGUAUGUUUGCCGACCUUUUAAUGAGAGGGCUUCCAUUGAGCAUUCAGUUUGGCUGACUAUUCAAGCCAAUCCCAAUUUCACCAUUCCUUUGGAGGAUAGACAUGUAGACUUGAGGUCUGAUCUCACUUGGACCUGUGAAGCUUAUGGAAAUCCCGAUGUCACGUAUCAUUGGUUUAGGAAUGGACAGCUGUUGGAUAAUACUACUCUCCGGGGUGAUGAGAGAGAUAGGUACUUGAUUCAGGAUAAUGUGUUGAAAAUAAUGAAGGUAGAGGAGGAAGAUGCUGGGAUGUAUCAGUGUCGAGCUAAAAAUCAGCUCAAGACAACUUACUCUUCGGCACAAUUGAGGGUUUUGUCGAUGAAACCAUCUUUCAAAAAACACCCGAUGGAGUCAGAGACUUAUGCCGCUAACCGAGGAAAUGUCACGAUCGUGUGCAAUCCAGAAGCGGCACCGAGACCUAAAUUUAUUUGGAAAAAAGAUGGAAAUAUCAUAGGGGCUGGUGGACAUAGAAGAAUACUGGCUAAUGGCAAUUUAAUUAUCAGUCCAGUAUCCCGCGAUGAUGAAGGGACUUAUGUUUGCACUGCUAGCAAUCAGUAUGGAAAUGAUGAAACGCGAGGACGACUCAUUGUAUUACGAGGUCCAAGCCUCAUCGAAACCCUGCCCGAGCGGCUGAUCACCGCUGUGAUGGAGAACCAGACCCUCCGCUGUCAAGCAGACACAGACCAAAUGCUGGAUAUUGCCUACAUCUGGAAGCACAAUGGCAUAGCGAUUCGCGAUAAAGACUUGCAGGACAACCCUCGUCUUCAAAUCGACGGUGGCAUCUUCAACAUCAUCAACAUCACCCUCGCCGAUGCUGGUGAAUACGAGUGCACGAUAAAGAGUGCAGUGGGAGACGUCUCAACUCACACAACCCUAACAGUGAGGGGCCCCCCAGGACCCCCAGGUGGAGUAUCCGUGGUGGACGUUGGAAAAAUAUCAGCCACUCUCGAAUGGACAGACGGUGCGUUCAAUGGACGACCAAUUAUCAUGUACACAGUGGCAGCUAGAACUAAAUGGACGAACAAGUGGUUCAACGUAUCGGAGAACAUAACAGCUGAAGACAUCGACAGAUACACCGGUCGUAAACGCGCUUAUUUGGAAAACGUUCUCAAUCCCUACACAACGUACGAGUUUGCUGUAUCUUCUGCUAACGAAUACGGUUACGGUCCUCUGUCUUCGCCAUCACCGCAGUUCAGUACACCCCCCGACAAGCCAACGAAAGCUCCAUCGAGGGUUGGUGGAGGAGGUGGUAAACUUGGUGAUUUGACGAUAACUUGGGAGCCACUACCACCAGCUGAUCAGAAUGGACGUGGAAUUUACUACAAAGUCUACUGGCGUCGCAAGGGAGACCUAGAAUUUCAGUCUCUUAAUCUGAAAGAUUAUGGUGACGUUGGUAUGGCUGUGGUUCAAAUCGACAAGAAGUAUUAUUAUACUGAGUACGAAGUGCAGGUUGAAGUGUUCAACGAAGCCGGAAGAGGUCCAAUGUCUGAGAUAGCAACAAUCUUCAGUGCUGAGGAUAUGCCGCAGGUGCAGCCACAGAGGAUUUCCGCUCUGGGUUAUAACAGUACAUGUUUGAAUGUCUCUUGGAUACCAAUGGACGAAACGCGAGAAAUGGUCAGAGGUAGGUUGAUAGGUUACAGACUCAAGUAUUGGCCGGUCAAUGGGCAGGAGGAGCUUGGAGUUUAUUAUCUUUCGAGAACUACUAGGCCUUGGGCUCUUAUCGUCGGUCUGCAGCCCGAUACUCUGUACUACGUCAAGGUAAUGGCUUAUAAUUCAGCUGGGGCUGGACCUGAAAGUGAAAGAUACAGGGAGAGAACAUUCAGGAAAGCACCACAGAAUCCACCAAGCUCAGUAUUCGUUUAUGAUAUCAAUCCUUCGACGAUCAGGGUUGUGUGGAGAUAUGUGCAACCGAGUCUCGAUGAGGAGCCACUCGAUGGCUACAAAAUACGUGUCUGGGAGAUUGAUCAGGAUAUGAGCACAGCUAAUGAUACUAUUAUUUCUGCUGUUGGAAAAUUAGAAGGAUAUAUUUAUAAUUUGAGCCCAGGUAAAACAUACAAUCUUCGGGUUCUUGGAUUCAGCAGGGGUGGUGACGGAAGAAUGUCCAGUCCACCCAAUACAUUCCAAAUGGGGGAUCUGUCACUUUUCAGAAACGCUGCGAGCAAUAAAAUUUUAGACUCCACCUUGGGGAUUUGUGUAAUUAUACUCUUGUGGAGAUUAGGCCUUGCUUAACUGGAGGUCUGAUUAAUUUUUAAGUAAUGAGGACGUAUUUUUUAUAUUGGUAAAAAAUGCUUGACAUUUUAUUUUGAGACAACAAUAAUUGAUGUGUUCUUACGAUUUUUAUUUUAUUGAAUAUCUCAAGUAGUUUGAUAUUUUAAGGAGGGAAUCAAAUCUCAGGGUAGGUCCAUCUUUCUCAAAGACAUUUUUUCCCUCGUCUAACGAGUAUUCCAGCCAAAACAAUAGAUCUGAAUUUUUUCAUUUGUUCAUCUCCGUUCAAUUAACAGUGAUUACUUUUUUUAUCGCUUAGCAGUUUUAAUAGUGUAAUUAUAGUUCUUUUUUAUGUUGUCCUCAGGCGCAACUAAUUUUCCGUCCAUACGUGCCGAGAUGAAUUAUACAUAUUUUAUCGCGGAUUUUAUACUUGGUACUGUAUAAAUGAUGAUUCCGUCAUGAUGCAUCACAUGCAGCAAAGAUAAUUAUGUAUGAUAAUGGCUUUCUGAUGAAAAUAAAUGCACAAUGUUAUUGAAAUGACUCCAUAAAUUUGGAGAGUUUAUAAACUGACACAGAUGCGUGAAGUGAAAAUACGUUGUGUAAAAUCUGUAAAUUGUGAAAUUUUAUAAAUACGAAGACGAUGAUUUGUGCAAAUUUAUUAAGAUGAUAUUACUCUCUUUGUCCAUGUAUUUCUACAUUCUUGUAGAAAAAAAACCAAACGAUUACGAUUUUUUAUCUUUGUAACAUGAGAAAAUUCAAAUUUUACGA